AUGGCCGCGCUCCGGCGCCCCGGGGCCGCGCUGCCGCCGACGGUGCUGCUGCUGCUCGCGCUGAGCGUGUCCGCCGCCGCGGGAGCCGCGCCGGAGCAGGUGUGCGGAGACGGGUGCUGCGCCGGCGCGGUGCGCAACGGCUCGGCGGUGGCCUCCGUCUGCGGCGCUCGGGUGGGCGCGGUGCUGCGGGGGCGCUGCUGCCUGGAGCGGGACCGGGACCGGGACCAGGAGGUCGUCGUGGGGUUGGAUCUCGGCAACUGCUCCCUGCACCAGCUUUGUUCCGGUUUCCCGGCAGCGAGCGCCGCUCUCAUCAUUGACCUCACUGGGAACCCCCUGCAGUCUCUCCCGGAGGACACCUUCCGUGGAUUCACCAAGCUGCAGACGCUAGCUUUGCCCCGGGAGCUGACCUGCCCUGGCGGCAGCGAAGGGUGGGACGACAUCACCAUCGACGGGAGCAGCCGUAUCUGCCAGGGCCAGAGGAACCCCUGCAACGCCUCGGCGGGGCCCGGCUGGCAGUGCCCCGAGGACGCGCACUGUGCCCCCGCCGGGCCUGGCUUGCCGCAGUGCCUCUGCACAGACCCCCACCACGGCUACAAGUGCAUGCGGCAGGGCGCCUUCCCCUACCUGCUCUUUUUCGGCACGCUGGGGGCUGCCACUGUCGCCCUGUCCGCUCUGCUGUGGGCCACGCAGUGGCACAAGCCCAAGAGCUCCUAGAGGGCCUCCUUCCUCCCGGCCGCCACACUCCAGCCCUUGCAGCUCUCCCGGGCAGGCGGCGGCCUGCACGGGCUCCUGAGCCGCCUGCUUCCCCGAACGCCACCGCCCUCGGGAUGCCCCGCUCGCCAGGGGAGCGGCAGCACCGCCUCUCGCGCCACCGUGCCCCCCCCACGGCCCGGCAGGAUGGGGGCCCGUGGCCCGGCCCGGCCAGAGGGGCCUGGGAGGCUUCUCCUCUGCGAGUGGGCGCCACCCGUCGGGCCUCGCCGGAAGCCUGCGAGCGGCUCUGUUGGCCGGAGGAGGGGGGCAAGAUCCCGGAGGGGGGCACGCAUCCCUCGACGUGCCUGGAAGGCUGUCACAGAGGGGAGGAGGGUCACGGCCGCUUCGUGCUGAUGCCAGAAUGAUCAACUGAAGAGGCAAGCCAGGCUCAGGCUGGACAUCAGGAAACGCUUCCCCGCCGUCCGAGCAACACGGCAGUGGCACCAGCUGCCCGGAGAGGUGGGAGGGCUCCCACCGCGGAGACCUUCAAAGAGACGGGAGAGCCCUUGGAGUGGGAUGGUGUAAAAUAGUGUCCCCAACAGCAGGGGCUGCCCCAACGGCCUUCCGCCCCCUCCCAGCUCUGCCGUGCUACGAACUGGGAGCAGCUCUCCUUUGGCGGAGGGAGAGGGAUGCCUGCCACGAGCCACCCCCGAGGAGCCCCCGAGGGAGCCGGCCUUGCAGCCACAGCUACACAUCUUCUGUGGCCUCGGGAAGCUGCCUUUCAACGUUCUACGCAAUGUGUUUUGUGACGCUCUGAACGCGCAAACGGACGAAGUGGCCCGUGCCUCCUUUCAGUUGCCAGCGCUAAAACAACAGGGGCCACCGCAAGAUGAGGAAGCAGGCGUGACGUACGCUCAGACACACCAUGAAAGCCGCACCAGCGCCUGCUUUCAGAUCUGCACAAAGAGCAGUUGCCGUGUUGUUUGCUCAUGAAAGGAGGUCGGGGCGGGGGGGCAAGCCACGCAAAACGCAGCUGGGCAACGGCUCCAUGUGAGACUUGGACCGCCCAACAUGGAUUGAGAUCGCGGGGUUGCUUUUCCAACGUCUUUCGACGACAAAUUUUGUUGCUACCGAUCAGGAAGCUUUUGGUGUGUCUGCUGGGCUUCUGCUGGGAGAGCAGGCUCUUCACACGCAGCUUGAUUUUGUGAUUCAGUCAGCGCCCUGCCUUUCUCCAGGGAAAUGCCCCCGUGGGAGGCAUGGCCCUUGCCUCCCCCACCUGCCAUUCCUUGCCGUCCCGGCACGGCUGGGCUCCCCGGCGUGGCACCUCUGCUUUCUUCCGUGCGGGAGCCUGCUGGGCUCCCUGGAGGCCCUCUGUGUGGCGGAGGGGGCCCCUGCUGCGGUGGAGGUGCUAUUCCGCCUCUCCAGAGAGCACCAAGGAGCCGGGAAGUCUGGGGAGGAAUGCCCCAUGGGCCUUCAGAAGCAGGAGCCGGGAGGGCUGCUGGUAGCCUUUCCUGGCUGCGAGUGGCUGCGGGGCGUAUCUUGCGCAUGGGAGGCACUCGCUCCGGGAGGCAGCACUGGAUUUCUGGGGAGGGAGCUCUGCCCUGUUUGGAAAACUCAAUAAACUGCCCAAAGCUGCUCCUC